CGCGUUUUCUACUCAGCGGCGUCAUGGCGGCCCCCUUGACCCAGGGGGUUGCUGCUGGAGGGGAGGAGUACAGUGAUGGCAAUCGCGGCGGAGCCAGGGUUGUCGGUACUGAGGACAGUGAGGAUUGCAUCCUGGAGCCGCUGUCCCUGCCAGAAGGUCCAGGUGGCAGCACCACCUCGGAAGCUUCUCCAUCUGUGCCGUGUGUCUUCUGUGAAGAACGCGUCCCUGCGGCUGAACAGGACAAGCUUCUGAAGCACAUGAUUAUCGAGCAUAAGAUCGUUAUAGCCGAUGUCAAGCUGGUCGCUGACUUUCCAAGGUACAUUUUAUAUUGGAGGAAAAGGUUUGCUGAGCAGCCCAUUACAGACUUUUGCAGUGUGAUAAGAAUCAAUUCCACAGCUCCACUUGAAGAACAGGACAAUUAUUUUUUGUUGUGCGACGUUUUACCAGAAGACAGAGUACUUAGAGAAGAGCUACAGAAACAGAGACUGAAAGAAAUUCUGGAACAACAGCAGCAAGAACGAAACGAUAACAGUUUUCAUGGCAUUUGUAUGUUUUGCAACGAGGAAUUCCUGGGAAACAGAUCUGUUCUUUUGAACCACAUGGCCAGAGAACAUGCUUUCAACAUUGGGCUGCCGGACAAUAUUGUAAACUGCAGUGAAUAUCUACGUACGUUACAGAAAAAGCUUGACGACUUGCAGUGCCUGUACUGUGAGAAGACCUUCAGGGACAAAAAUACACUUAAAGAUCAUAUGAGGAAAAAGCAGCAUCGAAGGAUCAACCCUAAGAACAGAGAGUAUGACCAGUUUUAUGUCAUCAAUUAUUUGGAGCUUGGGAAAUCCUGGGAAGAAGUUCAGUCGGAAGACGAUCGGGAGUUGCCGGACCAUCAGGAAGACGACUGGUCUGAUUGGGAAGAACACCCGGUCGCCGCCGUCUGCCUGUUUUGUGAGAAGCGAGCAGAAACGAUGGAGAAACUAUGUGACCACAUGGAGGAUGCACACGGAUUCGAUCUCCUCAAAAUAAAGUCGGAGCUUGGAUUAAAUUUCUAUCAGCAAGUGAAACUGGUCAAUUUCAUUCGGAGGCAAGUUCACCAGUGUAGAUGUUACGGCUGUCGUGUGAAGUUCAACUCCAAAGCAGACUUAAGGACUCACAUGGAAGAAGCUAAACACACAUCACUGCUUCCUGAAGUAAAGACGUGGGAUCAGCCGGAGUAUUAUUUCCCAACCUAUGAAAAUGACACCCUACUGUGCACACUGUCUGACAGUGAAAGUGACCUGACAGCCCAGGAACAAAACGGAAACGUCACCAUUAUCAGUGAAGACACAUCUAAACUGCGUGCUUUGAAACAAAGCAGUGUUUUGAACCAGUUGCUACUACAUGAGUGCUUGAAGAACUAGAGAAAGCUGCCACCACAGAAGCAAUUUUUCAUUCUUUAUUCUCCUAUAAGACAGAUACGAAAGAAUAGUUUAAAUGUGUGAAGAUCAGCAAAUGAUUGGCGCGUGGUGAAAUAAACUUUUUCUAAAAAAUUGUGGGUUUUUUUCUUUUCCAAAAAAUAAAAUAGACUAAUGAGGAUUUUUUAAUAUUUUGGCUCAAACGUUUUAUUAUGUAAUCAUCACAAAUGAUCUCAUUUCAUUAGACUCAUAAAUAUCCAUCAUAAGGACAUGCAAAUCACAAAGAAAUGAAGGGUUCAAAUUAUUUAUGAACCAAAUGUCACCCAGGAGUUUCGCUCUCUUCCCCACAGGCUUUCUUCAUCCAAUAAGUCACAGAUUUCGACAGAUGUGUGCUUUGGGUACAAACUAUCAAUGUAGUGACCAGAAGAAGAGCCGCGGAGGAAAGGUCCAGAUAUGUGGUAAGAAAGGUCCGGAUAAAAACGGUCAAAGAUCCGGAUAAUGCGACACAAUUACCCUGUGUCAGAAUAGUCAGGAUCUGACGAUGUUACCAUUACUGCUUUCUGCCUGGAGUUGCCAGACUCCUUAGAAAUGGAUGUGAAGCCAAAUAACUUCAUUUUCCCCUGCAAAAUAUGUAUGUCUGUGUGUAUGUGUGCAAUUUCACUAACAGAAGCACCAUUUUUAAAAACCGUACCAAUAUGCCAUUAUGACACCUCACAAAAUUAACAAUGACUUAUUAAAUAUGUUUUCAGUUUA